UUGUUUUUUUCCUGGCCUGCUUGCCUGGCUUGUCCUGCCUAAAAAACUCCCCGUCCCGCCUAGGGUGACCGCAAGCUGGAACGAGGAGCUGGGACUGGUGGACAGUGUACAGAGAACAGGGCCCGAGGGAGACGAGAUGACGACCAACCACAAGCCAGCGCUGGAAUCAAGACAAGGAAGAGAUGUCCAGACGUCGAUAUUGCACUCGAGGGACCAGCCGUCUCAUAAGCAGUUGAAGUACAGGGCCGGACGGCGUCAUUUGGAGGAGUUGAAGGAGGAGCUGGGGGUGAAGAGACGGAGGGUGGAGGAGCUGGAGGAGAGGGAGGGCCGUGGUGACGGUGACGGUGACGGUGAUGCUGACGGUGAUGCUGACGGUGGUGCUGAUGCUGAUGCUGAUGGUGACGGUGCCAGUGCCAGUGAAGCCAGUGACGGUGAGGCCAGCGAUGCCCACGACUCCGAUACUGACAGCGAAGACGAAGCUGAACUUAUGAGAGAACUACAGAAGAUCAAGCAAGAGAGGGAGGAACAGAGGAAGCUCGAGCAGAUGGAAGCCAAGAUGCAGCAGGAGAAGGCCAAACCUCGCAAAAGCUGGAGACAAGAUACCAUGUUCAAGGAAACGUCAAAGAAGAAGGACGGUGAGUACGUGAACGAUCUACUACGGUCAGAUGAACAUCAGAAGUUUAUGGACAAGUUCAUAAGAUGAAAAGAUAGGCUGUAUAUGAAUACGAUGAUGGUGGUAGUCGUA